CUUGACGGCACUGGGUAAUGUGAUCUAUACUUUAGGUGAUUCACACACAAAAAGUGGCCAUGUUCCUUACAGAGAUUCUAAACUCACCAGAUUAUUACAGGAUGCUCUUGGAGGCAACAGUUAUACAUGUUUUUUUGCUGUAGUAUCACCAGCUGACAGCUGUUACACUGGUAGUUUACAGACAUUACAAUAUGCUCAGCUUGUCAAGAAUAUACAUAACACAGCUAGGAAAAAUGUGGAUGAGAGUGCAAGAGUUAUCAAAGAACUGAGGGAAGAAAUCAGUAAAAUACGUGAUAAAUUAGCAAAUGUUGGUCCUGGUCAGGAAGCUAAUAAAGAAGACGUACUCAGAAUGCAGGAUUUAGUGCAUGAUCUACAGGUAACAAAGCGUCAGUCUUGGGAUGAAAAAGAAAAAUUGUCACUGCAGUAUGAAGAUGAAAGGAAAGUGAAUUUAGCAAACAAGGGUAUUAUUGAAUGGGUAAUGAGUGACAGUGCAAAGAAAGGAAAUAAAGAAAUGCAGGAAAAGUUUCUCCUUAUGCAAAAAGAAAAAGACCAGUUGUUAGCGGAGUACAAAGAGAAGCGUAAACUUGUUGAUGAAAUGAAAGACAAUUUACAAGCCAGGAUUGCGGACUAUUCCAAACUUGCAGAAAGUGGUAAAGCAUCUGAGUCUGAAACCAAAACCAGAGUCACUGCAAUUCAUGAAUUAAAAGAGAAGUUAAAGAAGGAGAGUGAUAGUGUAAAGGAUGUGAAAAGAAGACUAAAAGAGCUACAAGAGAAACAUAAAAGAGAAAGAGAGGAAGUGAGAUCUGAGAAUGCCGAUUUGAGGAACAAUUCUGAAUUGAGGAGAAAAAUUGAGAAGGAAGAAAGACAAAAACAAGAAAGAGAGAAUGCUGCAAUGCUGGCAGAAGAACUUGAUAGAAUGAAGAUAGAAAUAGAACAUGAGAAGGCACAGUUACAGUUAAAGAUGGCACAGGGAUUCAAUUACACAAAUCAAGAAAUCAUGCAGUUAGAAUCAGAAUUAAUCGAACUGAGAGCGGAAAGAGCUGUGGUUACAAUGCAGCUGCAGGCUCUGGACCAAGAAAAACAACAGCUAUCUAAUGAUGUGGAGAAAAGUUAUCAACAACAUAAGGAGGAACUUGAAAUACAGCAGUUACAACAUUUUCAGACUUUUAGGAACUAUCGAGAAGUGUUUGAGGAACAGAAAGCUGCAUUAGAGCAGAGAUAUCGCUCAUUACUUGAAGAAUCCAUCCAGGAUGCUGUCUUUCUCUCCACAAGAAACUCUGAAUUAAUGCAAGAAAAUCAAGCAUUAAAGCAAGAGAUUGCUGAGCUGAAAGACAGGGUAUCUAUGGGUGGUGGUGGAAAACCAAGCAGACCUUCAUCUUCCCAGGCUAGAUCUUAAUAUUGUGCCAUACUUACUCUCAUUACGGCACUGGGAACAUAUUACAGUUGUACAGACCACACAAAAAUUGUAUAUGGUGAUAAAAUAUGAUUAUGUUUCACAAAGCAUUGACCAUAGAUAUAAUGAAUAGUACAAACAGACAUAGUCAACUUAGUCAUUAAAUAAUGGUCAUGUAAACAAAUUACUAAUUCAUAAUUGAAUUACAACAAGCUUACAUGGUUUGCUUAUUUUUUUUAGUUUGCUUAAGAUGCACACUGACUCAGAUUACAUCACUAUUUUCUUUAUAGGAGUUAGUGACCAUCAAAUUAGCAUUGAGUAAGUAGUUAUAAUCUAGUUUAGUCUACAAAUAAGUAGUAUUUAUAUUUUGUACUUGUGUCAUUAUGUUAAUCCUAUCCAUUAUUACUCUUCGGAGGCUGGUGCAGUUGUCCAUCAUUGCAUAAUUGUUAUAGUAUUUAGUCUUGUCAUUUGAAUCUUUGCUUCUUUGAAACAUUGUAUCUGCUGCAUUUCAAUCUAAUGGCUGUCAAUUAAAGGCAGCC